CCUUUAUACCACGCAGCACAAAGCAAAUUAUGAGCUGAGCAUCACUAUCGCGUUGCUCAGCACGCAAGUCUCCAUAUAACCCACGGUUUCGACUCGAUUUCUUGGAAUUCGAAGAUGAACUCACGACCAGACUCUGCAAGAACAUUUGACGUGUAUUUAACAAACAAUGAAUUGGAGGACGGGCGCAAAGCUAAGCAAACGGCAUGCCUCAAGGUGGACCCAGCGCUUCUGAAGCCUGCGGCAUGCGUAUCCAAGCAAGGCAUCAGCACGGGGGCCAUGUUUACGGAGCCGGAGCCGCCUCGCUCGGGUCGCAACCUGACGGACGGCGAAAUGGGCAUGCUGUAUGAUAAGUUUGUCGGAGCAGGCAGCCUGGGCAACACCUCGGUCCGAAUGGAGUUGCAUGAGCGGGGCUUGACGCCGCGCAGCGCGUCCACCGGACCCGACCCACGCAACAGCGGAUUGUUGGACUCUGGUGACCGCGGCGCACCCAGCCCCUCCCCCGGAAUGGCAGUAGCAAUGGCAGCGGCAGGCAGCGCGGUGCGAGCGGCGGCGCUGGACGAGCAGUAUGCGGAGCAGGCGGCUGCCACGGCCAAGAUGAAGUACGUGGCGCCGCACAUUGCAAAAAAGUACGGCAUCAAGCAGCACAUACGGCCGGCCUCGGCGGCAGCGGCGUCGCCGUACGCGGCGUCUUCGGUGUCAGCCGGCGCGGCCGCGGCGCGCGGGAGCGGCCGCGGUGGUGGCGUGGCUGCGCCCCGCCCCGGAACCGCGGCCGCCUCGCGCCCUGGAACCUCUGACAACGACGCAAACGGUCCUGGCUCGCCGAGGGGGGCCGGGUUUGGUGGGGGGACAGCGGGUAGCGGGAGCGGCGUCGCCAACGCGCACCUGCCGUACGGUGGCAAGCCGCCGCGGCCACAGUCGGCAGCGUUCGUGGCUGUGUCGCGUAGCAAGGCACAGACCACUGGAUCCAAGUUUUUAUAUGGCGGCAAAGCAGACGUGCCAAACCCUGGGAAGUAUUUCCCCCGGUAUGGCGCCAUGGACAAGGCGCAGCCGGCACGCGACUGGAGCAAGAUGUACGGCGGGCCGAACGGCAGCGCCACGGCUGCAGCAGCGCAAGCCCGGCGUCCGGGGUCGGCGCCGCCGGGCGGGCAGCGCUCAGAAAUGACGAUGGGAGGCGGCGGCGCCGCCGCAGAGGCCUCUGGCUACCCCACAGUACAGGCAUCAACCAUGGGAGCGGGUGCGGGUGGCGGCGGCGUGGGCGGUCCUGGGGCGCCGAAGCGCAGCAUGAGCCUCAGCGCCGGUGCAGCCGCUGCGCAGCAGCAGCAGCAGCAGCAGCAGCAGCAGCAGCAGCAGCCGACGGCGGCAGAGCUGGCGCGGGCGCAGACGGCUGCCCGUCAUGAGGAGCUGUUUGCAGGAGCCCACCACGUGCACGAGCGCGCGCCGUCGCCGGGCCCCGGCACUACCUCCUUCAAGGCGCCGGGGCGCAGGCCCCCCGAGACCGCCACCACCGCCGGCCACCUGUACGGCGAAUACUUCCACGACGGCUACGACGCCCUCACGCGGCGGUCGUCACGGCCCAGCUCGGCGUUUCAGAGGCAGGUGCCGCGGCCGCCGCCCACGUCGCUGGCGCCGCACGGGGACACGGGCCCGGCGCUGGGGCCCGGCGUGUACUGCGCGGAAAAGCCGCUGCCCGCCACGCACACGGGGCGGCACGUGACGGCAGGCCACUCCUCGCUAUCUCAAACGCGCGACUGGAGUCGAACGGGGGCCCGCCCUGGGUCAGCCCCGCACGCCCGGCCGCCGCCCGCCGGCGCCUACCACCAGGGCUACUGGGGUCCAGACGGCCCGUCAGCGGCGCUGUUCCCUGACGCGCCUGAGUAUGAUCAGAUGGUGGCGCUGAGGGCGCUGCAGGAGCGGGCGCAGCAGCGCGAGGACGCACGGCACCCCCGCCGCACGGCCUCCGCCCGCCAGCCACCAAACCAGGCAACGGCGCCAAUCCAGCAGCCGCAGUACGCCAUCGCGGACGCCGACCCACAUGCCGACGGGCGGCCGCUGGCGUACGUGGGGCCCGAGCGGUACAGGCAGUACAGCAGUACAGGCCUGGCGAAGCGGGUGCAGGGCGGCGCGUUCUCGAACACCACACGUGCCAUCGCGGCUCACGGCAUGCGCGUCAUGGCGGAUGGCAAGGUGACGCCGCCUGCAAACGUGGCGGUACGAGUCGCCAACGACUUGACGUACGAUUAUGACGCGGCGGUGGAGGGCCACCGCGGCCGCCCGCCCGCCUGGCAGCUGCCGCCCAACCGAAACGCUCUCAGCCAGCGCUGGGUCAGCACCGCGGCCACGGCGUACCUCAACACCUGAAAGCUGUUGGCGGAAGAUGGGGAAUAGGGGAAUGGAGCUUAGCGCCGGGAAGACAGUCAGCAGGGAAGAUGCACUUGCAUGGUUGGUCAGCAUUUGUGGUUCGUGAGCCAUACUUGUUUAAGUUUUAUAUGACUUGUGUACAUACGGAUAUCGCACCGUGAACAAG